UCAGAUUCGUUUGUAAACAGUCAAGAAUGGACGAUAAGUCGUUCGGUACCAGAUAUAAAGCUGGGCAUUCUGGGAAGUGUAAACAGCGGCAAGUCAGCGUUAGUACAUCGAUAUCUUACUGGUUCGUACAUGCAAGAGGAAUCACCUGAAGGUGGCAGGUUUAAGAAAGAAGUAACAUAUGAUGGAGGGAGUUAUCUUCUCCUGAUUCGAGAUGAGGGAGGUUCCCCUGAGAUGCAGUUUGUCCACUGGGUUGAUGCUGUGGUGUUUGUAUUUAGUCUAGAGAAUGAGAUGAGUUUUCAGGCAGUAUAUAGUUACUAUGCCAAGAUGGCUCACUAUCGUAAUGCAGCUGAAAUACCACUAAUAUUAGUUGGUACUCAAGAUGCUAUAAGUGAAAGUAACCCUCGUGUUAUUGAUGAUACUAGAGCCAGAAAAUUAGCCAAUGAUUUAAAACGAUGUUCUUAUUAUGAAACUUGUGCUACAUAUGGUCUCAAUGUGGAGAGAGUUUUUCAAGAUGCGUGCCAAAGAAUUGUUCAGACUAAAUUCCCCCACAUACCUCCGAUGUUAUCUACAGUUCCCAGCACACCCAAUCACUCACAACGAUUCGGUACCACCAAACCUUACGAUAGUCAUAGCACUAGUAGCCAAUCAACAUCAAGUUCUGGUACCCUGACAACCAAUAACCCUGGUUUACGUGACCAGCAACAACAACAAAUACCACCACCACCACAGGACCAACCAGAAAGUAAAGAUUUACCCACACCGAGUAGCACGCCUACUCAGAAUCGUAAAAAUCGACGACGUUCUAAUUUAUUCAAUCCAAAGAAAGAUGAAGUUGAUAAAGGUGGAGGAGGAGAUGGAGAGAAGUUUGGUAGUGGAAGAACUAUUCCUCUUAAACAGGGUUAUUUAUAUAAGAAAAGUCAUGGUUUAAAUAAAGAUUGGAAGAAGAAAUAUGUUACAUUAGAGAGUGAUGGAAGAAUUACAUAUCAUCCUAGCUUACAUGACUAUAUGGAAGAUGUACAUGGUAAAGAAAUCCCGUUAAUUCGUACCACAGUCAAGGUACCUGGCCAGCGCCCUCGGGCCUGUCGGACGGUCUCCAAGGGGAAGGAAGUCAAUGGUAAUUUAAAUAAAACCUUCAUUUCUCUAAGUUCUACAUUGAUAUUAGCCUUUCAUACAAAUUAUAUUGAUAUAACCCAAAAAUGUGGUGACAGGUCAAUAUUCUCUCUUGUCUUGAGAGGUUCUGAUCUAAAAAGAGGAGUUAAUCCCCCAUCCUCUAAUUUAGAUUCUGUUCCAUCAUCUCCAUUACCUAAACUAGGCAUCAACAGUUCUUCACUGAGCUCCAAGACCGAGACCCCCAACGCCCGUAAACGACAUCGUCGAGCUAAGAGUGGGGGUGUCAAAAAUACAGAUCCUAGUCAAGGAGACGAUUCUGAUGGGUAUGAAUUUGUGAUAGUCUCAUUAGACAGUAAACAAUGGCAUUUCGAGGCCAACAGUGGUGAGGAACGUAAUAAUUGGGUAGAGAGUAUAGAAGAACAGAUAUUAACUAGUCUUCAGACUAUAGAGAGCAGUAAAUCAAAAGACAAUCCAUCAGUAACUACUGAUGCUUCAAGUAUCGCGACUAUACGAAAUGUUCGUGGCAAUAAUUUAUGUGCUGAUUGCUCCGCUCCCAAUCCUGAUUGGGCGAGUAUUAACCUAGGUAUUAUAAUUUGUAUUGAAUGUUCAGGUAUUCAUCGGAACCUUGGUACACAUAUAUCUAGAGUUAGGUCCCUUGAUUUAGACGAAUGGCCACCUGAUAUCAAUAAAGUUAUGACUGGAAUUGGCAACACUGUGGCACACACUGUUUGGGAACAUAACCUGAAAAGUAUAACGAAAAUAACUCCUACAUCUACUAGAGAAGAGAAAGAGAAAUUUAUACGUAUGAAAUAUGAAGAGAAGGAAUUUUUACCCCCGUUACCUUACGUAGAUAUACCAGUUAAUCAGCAAUUAAUUGAUGCAUUAGUUAGAGAAGACAUUAGGAAUAUUAUAAUUAUAUUAGGUCACGCCCAACCAGACGAUAUCAACGCCCCCUAUUCGAAAGACGACGGAAGAACGGCAUUACAUAUAGCAGCGGCUCUGGGAAACGUUGUGUUUGUUCAACUUUUAUUAUGGUACAACGCCAAUGUAAAAGUGGUCGACCACGAAGGAAGAAAUGCAUUAUGGUAUGCUCGUAGUUCUGGAUCAGGUGACUGUAUGGACUUAUUAGCCAAUAACGGUUGUCCGGAACAUCCUACGUUACCGCGACGACGUGGUAGUGUUCAACCUAAUAAAUCAGACGUUUUCGACAAGUUACCGGCAAGUGUUAUAUAA